CGUGAGUCUACCACCCAUACGAACUUCCUUGAAACAAGAGCUUCCUUUAAGCACAAAAACAUGGUUAAGGAGGAACCUGGCUCCACUCCAGUGCCAUCCACUGUGGUUUGCAUCAACAGUGACACUAUCCCACCGGAUUACGUCGCCUGGUCCACAUUUAGCACAAUUUUCUUGAACAGCUGCUGCCUGGGUUUCAUUGCCUAUGUCUACUCUGUGAAGUCUAGGGACAGGAAGAUGGUGGGUGACAUGACUGGGGCCCAAACCUAUGCUUCAACUGCCAAGCAACUGAACAUCAUCACUCUGGUCAUCUCCCUCGUCUUCUUCGUCUUACUUCUUGUUUUCCGUAUCCUGCAAUUCAUCUAGGCAACCAAAAAUAAUUAGAACCUACUAGUUAGGCACUAGUUAGCUAAUUAUUAAUUAACUAAAUUAGUACCUAAUUUAGUACUUUUAGUACCUAUUAGUUAGAUACUAAGGGUGGGACUCCGUGCAGUAUGUGUUCUUGGGAUCAAAGUCAAUGGACUAAACUCUCCCUUGUACUGUCUGCGUGAAGAAAGCACGCACGUGCUCCACCCUUCACAGUUGCCCCUUAUCCUGGCCGGAGGCCCUAAUCUGUCACUCUCCCCUCCUGUAAAUGUUGCCCUUAUGCAUCUGUUCACAGCAAAUUCAAUAAAGUGCAUGUGAUAGCAAUUGUGCUGUGACAUCCUA